AUGGUUGCAUGCCUGAUCUGGGCUAAAGGCAAAUGGAAUGAAACUGAAGCUUUUGAAGGAAAAAAACCAUUUUUGCAUGAAAACAAAUUGGUUACAGCGUUUGGCACGCAUUAUGCAUCGUCGAUUAUUGUCGGUGGUGUUAUUGAAAUGUACACACAGGUUAACAGCAAAUACCAAGAGGAACGAAGCUGCACAUCGAUUUCACAAAAUACUCAACUGGAAAUUAAGUUUGUACCGGCUGUAAUAACAACACCAUCAACAAAAAAUUUUGAAUGGGAUAUUUGGUUGAAUAAAACGGCAUUAACACCGGCUGUCGUUAAUCGUACACUAACACCUAUAACUGAUUUAUUGUUCGAAUACCCACUCGAAAUCCGUCAACAUUUACAACUAACCAUUGAUUAUUAUCUUGAACAUGGUAUAGUACCAACUUUACAACAAUUGAGCAGUACUGGCCGCCAUAAACGUCGAAGUAAUGAAGAUACAGACCUAAUUCCAGGUAUGAAUGAAGAAGAACGAAAGAAACGAGCAGCAGUUGUAAAUCCAUUUCUAUCGGGUUUAAGAACAGCACGUAGAGAUCUAUGUCCGAUCAUCGAUUACAAUGGAAGAUUCUGCCCGGGUGUUGAUCAGCCAUCACCUCCUACGACUACUACUACUGCCUCACCGAAACUCCUGUCCGUCAAUAAUGACAGUAAUUCAACUAAUUCCACAUCGAGAGUAGAAGGCAGAUUUCGUCGAUCAUCUCAAAUAUUACCAUUACCACGUGGUGUACUACAUGCCAAAGAUAAGAACCAAAAAAAAAAGAAAAAGAAAAGGAACAACCAAAAUACCAAUCACAUUUCGAACUCAUUUGGAUUUCUCUACGAGUGA